AUGAGCAAGCGCUCGUUCGAGGAGUCCAGAGUAGGGGCACAUCGCUCACCCGAUCCCGAUAACAAUGCUCCGCUGCCCAUACAGGACCUGCUCUCCCCCGGCGAGGAAGACAACGGCCAGUCAUCCGGACCCUCUAAGAAGCCCAGAAACUUCAUUGCGACUGUUGCCUGUGAAACGUGUCGACUCAAAAAGACAAGAUGCGAUGAAUCCCGGCCAAGAUGCGGACUUUGCAAGUCACUUGGCCUCGAAUGCGUGUACAAUGAACGUAAAUCGUCAAAACGCGAUCAAUCUCUAACGAUGAUCAUGAGCACUCUCCAUCGCCUGGAGACAAAAUUGGAAAAUAUACCAACAUCCAUUUUGAGUGAUCUGCAGUCUCUUCGUGGUCAAAUUCAAACACCCGCCAAUGAGCUGCAGACACAGCUAUCGCCUGUCCUGGGCAAUGGUAGUACCCAGCCUACUCCAAUGCUGCCCACCGCUGGGGACAACUUUACACCCGCAGCAGCAGGUGAUGCAGACGACUUUGAAUUUGAGGAUAAGCAAACCAAGCCAGACUCGGCAGGCCGGAUCUCCAUCUCAUUCAGUCAGCAUGGUGUCAUUCUGUGGCCUGGUGCCCGCCAGAUCCUCCCGAAGCAGUUACUCGCCGCCUAUGAAUUGCUCGGGAAAAAUUAUGUCAUUGAACUAGAAUCGGAGCGUCCUCCACUGCCGAUGUUUACCAGCCCCUUUCCUAUACCAUCGGGAGAUCGUUGGCUAGAGGUCCUCCCGUUAGCAAUGAUCAGGGGUCUGGCGGAUGCGUUCUUCAAUGUCUUCAACCCCUUUACACCAAUUAUGGACAAAGGUUUCUUUUUCUCCUUCACUCUUGGCUCUGCGAUUGAGAGUGGCUUUGGAUAUAAUCUAGAGAGCUGCCUGGUUCUCAAUGUGCUGGCAUUGGGCUGCCUUGCUGUUAUGGCCUACCAAGAAGGAAACUACCCUUUGCCGGGCACCCACGGCCAUCGAUUUGAGCCCCCGGAAUGGAUGAAUGUGGUAUAUGAAGAACAGCCCGGAUUGCGAUUCUUUAACGAAGCUCGGCGGCGUAUUGGCUUCUUGAUGUGCGACAACGAUAUCCAAAGCUGUCAGUUCUAUCUUCUCUCUUCCGUAUAUUAUAACCAAAUCCCCCGUCCGAUGGACUCUUGGGCUAUGAUCCACCGGGCAGCUACUUGCUGUUUGUCAAUGUUGACCAAUCAUGAUGUGAGCUUUGAUGAGUGGGAAGGCGACAUGAAAUCCCGUGUAUAUUGGAACUGUCUUAUGAACGAGACCAUCCUUGUUCAAGAGCUUCACUUACCUUCAAGCGGCCUGUCCCGCCUCGAAGAACAAGUCCCGAUUCCCAAAUUUAUCGGCUUUGAAACAACCGGCUACGCUUCAAACAGAUUCAGUUCAUCAAGCGGAGUCGACGACUCAUACUUCCAAUAUCAUUUCCUGGCCCAAGUGGCCCACCGCAUUAUCCUAACACGGAUCCGCCACUCCCUCUACUUUUACUCGGACUCAGGAACAUUCCCCCUCCCAGCCGUAAACACCGAACUGCACCACCAGCUAGAACAAUGGCGCACAAACCUCCCUACAGCAAUCCAAUUCACCCACACUCCAUAUUCCUCCCACCCAACGCCGGGGUCCCACCCAACCCCUGGAACCCCCUCCAUCCACCCAUCCCCUUCAGCUUCAGCGGCGUCCCCAGCUCAACUCUCCUCUCCAAGACCCAGACCAGCAGACCAGAGCCGGCCCCUCUCCCCAGCAACAGCAGUGACAGAUGCCAUGCUCAAGGGCCGUUAUUUGAUCGCGCGCUUCCACAUUGGCCGCCCGUAUAUAUACAAGGCGCUUCGCAUACCGCACCUCCUAACAGAUGAAGACUUCGUGCAGGUUAGGAGUGGUCUUCAAAACGCCAUGGGAUGGCCGGUUACGCAGGGCAUCUUCCGGAAGAUGAAGAGCUGUAUUCCGAUUAGAUUUGCUUUUUGUUCACAGUUCUUUGGCCAGAUUCUGCUCUUCUAUUGCAUAGCCCACUCGCCAAGUCAACGUGUCCGUGAGACACUGCCUGACGGCUGGGAACGCUGGAAUGAAGAGAUGCUAGGGUUUCUGGAGGACUGUGCACCGCAUAGUCCGGCAGUCGCGCAGGAUCUGGAUUUGUUGCGGUCUUUAUGGCCAGAAAAUUAG